GAGGAUGCUGUGUGUUACUGCAUGCGCGCUAUUCUAUUCACGAAAUGUGGCGUAUGCUGGGAAUCCAUUCGCAUCUGUUUGCACCUUACUAUUGGCACAAAUGCCAUUCUUUACUGCAGUUGUGAAAGAGGCUCUGGAGGAAACAAGAGAGAAUAGAGAAGUGGACGGAACAGAAAAACAAGAGGCAACCCCGCCACCACGACGAGUCCAGAGGAAGGCAAGGGACCGAGACGUGGAAAGUGGCCCUGUUACCCAUCCGGUUCAAAAGGCCAAUAGCAAAAAUACGACAGCUCUGGGUGUUCUCAUAGCCACGUUUGUCAUCAUAGCUCUCAUCUUAUACGUGCUUUCCAAGAAAUCCGCGCUGCCCACUGGCCGCCUACACAGUUCACAAAACGUCUGCGACACGCAGGAUUGCUUUGAACAUGCUCGAACGCUCCUGCGUGAUAUCAACACCAGCGUAGACCCAUGUCAAGACUUCAGCGCCUUCGUCUGCUCAAACUGGAACCGCGACAUCGCUGCUUCAGUUGCCUCCGAAAUGCGGAACAAGUGGAGCAAGGACGUAGCCACCAUGCUUGAACGGGGCGUCUUCUCCUUCAAUGCCACUCGCAAGGCAGCCGACCUCUUCGCUGCGUGUACUAAUCGGUCUGCCGUCGACAAAGAGAGGGUGCAGGAAUUUACGGAAUUCCUCAGGUCCAAAAACAUUCCAUGGCCACAUGGGCCUCCACGCAACGUAGACCCUCUGAGUGUCCUCAUAGAUCUUGAUGCCAACUUCCUAGCGGACCUUUGGUUUCACGUCGUCAUCCGUUACUCACCUUCAGGGCACUAUAUUGCGAUUGUACCUUCCCCUCUCGUGCGGCGAUAUCCCAUCUGA